CGCAGCGGCAGUGGCAGUGGCAGCAGCAGCAGCAGCAAUUCAAACAGCUGCAACAAUUUUUUCGUCCUGUUGUUGUUGGACUUUGCUUUUAAUUUCUUUGGGUCGUCGGCACAUCCCCUAAUGCCACCGCGCCGCCCUUCCACUCCGCUAUGCUAUCUCUGGUUCCUGUGGCACUUGGGGUUGGAGUUGCCAUUGCCCCUUACUGGCUGCCAGUUGGUUGCCGGGGUGCAUUCGGAUCGGAGCAGUUGUCAGUCGUUGCGAUCGCCAGGUGAACGAAGGUUGUGCCGCGGACAGUCGCAUCCCAUCCCAUCCAUCCCAGAUCGUAGCCAGAAUAUCUAUCUAAUUCUACGCCAGCCAUGUCGGGUAAGCUGAUUAUGAAGCGCAAGCGCGCGGAUCAGCAGAGCAGGAGCCAGCAGGAGCAGCAGCCGGAGGAGCACCCACAACAGCAACAGCAUCUACCACAGCAGGAAGAGGGAGAGGAGCAAGGAGCGCCGGAGAAGCGCCAUCGACCCCUGACCCCACCUGCCGAGCAGCCAGCCGAAGGAUCCGAGGAAGAUUCGACCAACAGCAUUCUGCUCGAGGCCCUGCAGAAAAUCAUGGAGCUGCAGUCGGAGCUGGAUGCCUUCGAGCAGGACCUGGAUGAGCGCGAUGGCUACCAAGCGGCGAUGGCUGAGCAGGCGGAGGAUGACACGGAAGAAGAGAGCUUAGAAGAUGACAACCUGGACGCUGAGGUGGCUGCCCAAUUUGCACCACCACCACCAACUCCUGGACAGCGCAGCCAGGCCGAGGCUCUUGGUUUCGCCAUGUGUGCCCGUGAGACACUCCUGUUCCUGCAGAGCGAAGGCAUCCCCACCGAAUCGCCGCUGUACCAGACGCUUCUCGGAAAGCUUGUCGGCCAGAGCGAUGGCCUACUGCACGCCUAACUUAGAGAACCGGGCCUCCGCCCCUCAUUCUAGUCACUUUGCUGCGAUCUCAUUGCAAGUAAAACGAGGGAAACCUAGGGGGUUGAUCACAUCCAAACUAAGGGGCGUGUCACCCAGAGAUCCACAUAAUCCUAAGCUGUUUACUCUAGUCAAUUAUUGUGAAGCAAUAUAAAAACGAGCGAAAAACAACGAAAUA